GAAUUAUGACACUGAGCCGUGGCCCGUACAGCGAGCUCGAUAAAAUGAGCCUUUUUCAAGACCUCAAACUCAAGCGACGCAAAAUCGAUUCAAGAUGCAGCAGUGACGGCGAAUCCAUAGCGGACACAUCCACCUCGUCGCCGGAUCUAUUGGCGCCGAUGUCGCCGAAGCUCUGUGACAGCGGCACGACGCCGGCGCUGCCGUCGCUGCCGGCGCUGCCGUCGGUGACGGUGACGGUGACAACAGCGGCGUCCACAUCGGCGGCAGCUGCCGCCACCUCAUCAUCAUCAUCAUCAUCAGCAGGAGCAGGAGCAGGAGCAGCAAGUGGAGCAGCAGCAACUGCAGCAGCUGCAUCAUCUUUAAUGUCAACGACAGCCGGCAGCUGUCCGAGCAGCAGCAGCAGCAGCAACACCAUCACCAUAACCGCAACAGCAGCAGCCAAGGCAGCAGCAUCGGCAGCCGCAGCAGCGGCAGCAGCAGCAGCCGUGGCAGCAACAGUUGCUGUUGCUGCGGCGAACAGUGGAUCGGCCGGUGGAUCCAAGCAUCAACAGACUGAAAUCAACUCAUCCAGCAGUGCGAUCACAGCGGCGGCUGCUUCUACAGUUAUGUCCCCUCCGCCGUCGGCAGCGACGCCGCCGCUGGCCCUCGACACUGGCGGAGGUGGAGGCGGCGGCGGUGUCGGGGGCGGGGUUGAGGCCCUGUCGCUGGCAUUGAGUGCACGCGGCACGCCGACGCCGCCGCACAACAAUGGCGGCGCCUCCAGCUCGAGCAAUGGCAGCAGUCGCCUGGCCUCGCCCGACUCGCUGGAGGAGAAGCCCUCAACGACGACGGGCGGCCGCAACAGUGCCACGCCCACCAACGGCCUGCUGGCGACCAGCAGCAGCAGUGGAGGCGGCGGUGGCAGCAACAGCAACAACAACAACAACAGCAACAGCAGCAACAACAACAAGAUCAGCAGCAAUCUGAGUGUAAUACGCUCGGUCAAGGAGGAGCGCAUCCUGGCCUCGCCCACCAAAAUGCUCGCCUACCACCAGCAGCAGCAACCAGCAGCAGCAGCACAGGGAGCGGGAGCAGCCACGGGUCAUGUCACAGUGCUGGUGACGCCGUCGCGCAUCAAGGCGGAGCCCCCGCCGCCCGCCUCGCCCUCCUCCACUACGCAGCGGGAUCGGGAACGGGAGCUGGGCAGCUCCAGUUCGAUCAGCUCCUCGCAGCACAUCAGCCGUGCCAGUCCGCCGAUGGGCCAGCAUCAUGGGCACGGCUACGGCCAUCCGCACGCCCACGGCCACGGGCACGCCCAGCUGGGACACGGCCAUGGCCAUGGGCAUGGCAGCCUGGCGCCCGCCUCCAUCGUACAGACGCAUCACUUGCACCAGCAGCUGACGCAGCCGCUGACGCUGCGGAAGAACAGCCCGCCGCAGGAGCUGCAGCUGCCGCAGCUGACCAUGCAGUCGAUGCAGCAGCUCACACAGCAGCAGCUGCAUCUGCAUCACCUGCUUGGCCAGCAGCAGCAGCAGCAGCAGCAACAGCAGCAACAGUCGCCGCAACAUAUGCAGCAACAUUCGCCGCAUGCGCUGAUUCGCGUCAAGAAGGAGCCCAAUUCGGGCGGUGGAUCGGGCGGGCAGGUUCAGCGACACCUCUCGCCGCACCACCACCAACACCAGCACCAGCAACACCAGCAGCAGCAGCAGCAGCAGCAACAGCAACAAAACCAGCAGCAACAUCAGCAACAACAGCAGCAGCAACAGUCGCUGAUGCACUCAGCCUCGCUGCAGUCGCUGCGCCAUCCGAGCCGCGAUGCCGCCAUACUGUUCCGGGUGAAGAGCGAGGUGCAGCAGCAGGUGGCGGUGGCUGCCGCCACCGCAUCCAGCGGACUGCCCCAUCUGAUGCAGCCCUCGGCAGCAGCAGCAGCGGCCGCCGCAGCGGCAGCUCAGCGCAUGGUCUGCUUCAGCAAUGCGCGCAUCAACGGCGUCAAGCCGGAGGUGAUUGGCGGGCCGCUCUGCCCGUCGCCGCACCCCUCGUCCUCGUCCUCGUCGUCCCAGCUGUCGCCGCAGACGCCCUCGCAGACGCCGCCGCGCGGCACGCCCACCGUCAUCAUGGGCGAGAGCUGCGGCGUGCGCACCAUGGUCUGGGGCUAUGAGCCGCCGCCGCCAACAGCGGGACAGCAGCAACAGCAGCAGCAGCAACACCAACACCAACAGCAACAACACCAACACCAGCAACAACAACAACAGCAGCAGCAGCAACAACACCAGCAGCAGCAGCAGCACCAACAGCAGCAGCAGCAGCAACAACAGCAGCAGCAGCAACAGCAGCAGCAGCAACAGCAGCAACAUUGCCUGCAAACAGUUUCGUCACCAUCGACCGGAUCGAUUACGCCCAGCCAUACGCCCGGUCCGCCGGCUGUGGGUCCGCAGAACAACGAGGAGGCUGCCCAGCUGCUGCUCUCGCUCGGACAGACGCGCAUCCAGGAUAUCCGUCCGCGUCCGCAUCAGUUCCGCAC